UCGGAAGUCCAGGCAACAGGAUAACGUGCUCAAACACUCCUUGAAAUCCGAACAGACAUGUUGUAAUUGUCUAUUCUGACGUGCUUUGUAGAUUUGCGCAGAUAUGGCGAUCCCGAAUCCGAAACCGAUUCAGAACAACAUACAAGAAGGAGACGACGCUUCAUUGCGAUCCCUUAGUUCCGAAGAUGUUUCACAAGCUCCUCGAGGAUACUGCUGUGCUAAAAGUAUUAACCCCGCUGACGGAAGAGGCAGGAAACUACAUCUUUUACAAAUGUUAGUACUGCCCUUCAUCCCGAUCUUAGCUUUAAUAAUUCAAACGUCAAUUCUUUUACAUGAUAUGAUGGUCGCGAGAAACGAAGUCAUGGAAAUCAAUAAUCAGGUUACUAUAGCAACUGAAUUAGGAAAAGUGGUGACGAGAUUACAAUUGGAACGUUCUGAAGUUGCUUUUUACGUAUACACAAAUGGUUCAUUAUUGCGAACAAAUCUAUCGAAACGUUUCGAAUUAACGGAUGAUGCUCUAAGAAAUAUGAGUAGCUGGCCACCAGUGUCUCUAACAUUCGAAGGGCAUACAAUACCUUACAUGGACAAAGAAAGUUUUCAAAGGAAUCUAACACAUUUCAGAGAAAACAUUUUGAAUUCCGAAGAUAGUUCAAUAAAAGAUGUUGUUAGUUGGUAUACGUCGCUUAAUGCAGCCCUUCUUGAACAUUUAACACAGCAAAUUAAAGAAAAUGACAACAGUGGAGUAUGGAGAUAUUUAUUAGCAUUCAAAAAUUUACUAAAAAGUAUAGAAAGCACAGGAAUAUCGAUGGUUUACGGAGUAAAUUAUUUCGGACAGGGAUAUCUACAGAAACAGAAUUACAUAAAUUAUAUAACCCACGAUGCUAUUGCAAAAGAUUUGCUCAAUACCUCGUUAAAUUACGUGUCCCAAAUGAAACAGGAAUAUCAAGAAUCUACUAUAAUUAUGAGAAAUUAUGGUGAUAUCAAAAGAAAAACCGAUAUAAUUCUCAGGAAUAUCAACACGACAAAAAAUUAUUCGGAAGCUUUGGAAUAUUUCGAUAUGAUGGCCACGUAUACCGAUCAAUUGCGGAAAAUUCAAAGAUCCUUAAGAGUCCUUAUACAGGAUUAUGUCGACGAGAAUAUUCAAAGUUCCGCCAACACUGAAGCAGUCGGUAUAGCAGUUUUAGUCCUAGUACUAUCCGUAUCGCCCGUUAUAAUUUGGUUGGUGAAAAACGCAGUGGCUACUAUACAGUUAUAUGCUGCCAAUCUUGCUAAAAAAGCGAAGGAAUUGAAAAGGGAGAAAAAGAAGAGCGACUUGUUGCUAUUUCAGAUGUUACCGCCAAGUGUGGCAACUCAAUUGAAACAAACAAGACAGGUACCUGCUGAGUAUUACGCUUCAGUAACCGUUUAUUUUAGCGAUAUUGUCGGGUUUACAGAAAUAGCUGCUGUUAGUACACCUCUAGAAGUGGUAACAUUUCUUAAUAAAAUUUAUAAGCAAUUUGAUGCUAGAAUUGAAUGUUACGAUGUUUAUAAAGUGGAAACUAUCGGUGAUUCUUAUAUGGUUGCUUCGGGAUUGCCAGUUAAAAAUGGUAGUAAACAUAUAACCGAAAUUGCAAGUAUGGCAUUGGAUUUAUUGGCGGGCUCGAGCCAAUUCAAAAUUCCGCAUCGUAAAUCAGAAAGACUUCAAAUUAGAUCAGGAGCUCAUACGGGACCUGUAGUUGCUGGAAUUGUCGGUUCCAAAAUGCCUAGAUACUGUCUUUUUGGAGAUACUGUAAAUACAGCUUCCAGAAUGGAAUCGACCGGAGAAGCAUCGAAAAUUCACAUUAGUUUAGAAAUGAAAAAGGCGUUGGAUCUGAUUGGAGGAUAUAAAACCGAACACAGAGGUCUGGUGGACGUUAAAGGAAAAGGUCUAAUGGAUACUUACUGGCUAACUUGUAAAGAGGGAGGUCCUAAUCGUACAUUAGAGAUGGAAGCACCGUCGUUUUUGGAGGAAGAUGAGGAUUUAGAGCCCGUUUUCAUCAAGAGACUGAGAAAUGAAAGUUAUUUUUAAGAUCUUCAUAAAGUUAAUUAAACAUUUAUAGCGUUUAAUGUUAGUGGUAAUAUUUCAAUAUUAUUGUAGUUUAUAAUAAUAAAUAAACGGCAGAAAGUGG